GAUGUAAAAGUUGUUUCGGUGUCUCCUGAUUUUAGAAGUUGCUGCCUUUUUCUCACAAAAGAAGAAGAAGAAGUUUUGUUGCUAUUUUAAAAGGAAACCCUAAUUCUGACGUUGAAAUUGAAUUCCCAAUCGAUUGAAUUCAAUUAUGUUUGUCGUAAUGGAUUCGCAUCAUUCCGAAUAUACUUUGAGCGAGGAGCUUACUAAUAUCGAUUUAUCUCUAGUUUUCGAAUCAUCAUCAGACUCUGAAUCGCCUCUUGCCAAGAAGCCCAAGCUCGAGAAUAGCUCCGACCAAGAUUCCGAUGACCACCAAGAGAAGAAUGAUCCGUACUACCAACACUAUGAUGUCCCAGGAUUUCGUGCUCUCUAUUUUGAGGACCAACCCCUAUGGAGCAGAUGGAUGAAGCAGGGUACUUUGCUUGCUGUUGAAAAGUUCAAUAAUCUUGGCAAGUAUCCGAAGCUGAAUUUAGUUGAAAUUCAGAGGGCCACGCAUUGGACUACUGCGUAUUACGUAACCUUUCUUGCUAGAGAAGAGGGUUCUCCCAUCAUCCGCACUUAUCGAUCGCUGUUCUUCCAUGCCGCCCGUAACCGCGUAAAUGCCACUACUCAAGUUUUCUAUAUUAGAUCAGCACCACCAAUAAACCAUGAUCAGGAGGAGAGUGAUGACGGCGAGGAGGAAAGUGAUGAUGAUGAGACAGUGGACAGAAGCAGCAUCAUGAUGGAAGGAGGAGCAGCAUCGCCGGCAGCGUGAAGGCAGAAACAGCAGCGGUAUGAUAGCAGUAGCGGUGGUGGUAGCAGUGGCGACAAUUUCAUUGAUUGAGAAAUUAGUUCCUUUUGUUAUAAGUAAUUAAAUUUAUUAUUAAUGGCUUUUCUCUUUAUGUUCAUAAAAUCAACGUAGUUUCAAAUUUAUAUAAUCUGACUAGUAGAUUUUGAAUAUAAUUCAUUAUAUAAAUUAUAAAUUUUGUGAUUUAAUUAAA